AUGGAUGAGGUGGAAACACCUUGUCUUUUCAGUGAAGCCCGGCAAGCUCUAAACCGAGCUUCUGUGCUUCAUCAUGAGGGUUUCCUCCAAUUCCGAGGGGAGCUGAGUCGGUAUGAGGCCGAGAUUCGAGGGAUUAUUGAGGAAAAGGAUGCCUUCAAGCUUCUCAGCGAGCAAAGAGAAGGGGAAGCUAAAGGCCUCCAUGCUGAGCUAAAAAUGACUCAAAAAGAACACGCCGAACUGGUCGAGCAGGUAAGAAGAAUAUUUGAAGUUAGUGACGGCGAUUCGGGCAUGGUAGCUAAUGGUUUGAACUCGCAGGUCCAACAAAAUCUUGACGUGAUCAGGCAACUCCGUGAAGAGGUUGAUGCAAUAAAAAUUGAGGCCGAAGGGUGGAAGAAGAAAAUGGAUCGCCUGGCCUCGGCUGAAAACCAGCUCCGAGGUAUGAAAGAGGAAAUCUUGGAGAACCUGGUCGCGGAGCUCAAAGCCGCCAAAUCUGAAGUUAAGACAGCCAAGGCUGAUGCUGAUGUAGUGGUGGCCAUUUACCGGGCCGAUGCUGAAGCCGAAGCCGCUCCGAUUCGAGCAAAGGAAGUUGCCGAGGCUGCUCAGGUUCGAGUAAAGGGGGUUGCUGAGAAGGCCAAAUAUCAAUCUCGAAAGGAGACCCUCGAGGAAAUCCAUGCUCAGGGUUUUGACCUUACAACCGAGAUCGAGAACGCUAGGGAGCUCGAAGCUGAAGCUAGGAAAUUAGCUUUCCCGAUGAUAAUGAUGAAUCUGGGAGCUUAA